UAUAAAAUUAAAGGAAAUAUUUCUAAUAAUUCAGAAAUUGUGGAGCUGCGGAAAAAUUAACAAAUAAUUCCAUUGAAGAACUAGUAUAUAUCGAGAUGUAACUUUUAGUAUUUAAGUAUAUAAUAAUAUUAUUAACUGGUUUUAAAGGAAUCGAUAUCAAAAUGGAGGAAAUGGAUCUUGAAAUGUACAUAAAUGCUUCUAUGAAUGAAAAUUUCCUGUCGAAUCAGAGUCAUACCAAUUUCAGUCAUGCUACAAUCUUUAGAACCAAUACUGAAAUUGACUAUCCCUACUUUGGCGAUUACUUGGCACAGUUUCAGAGAGGUUACAGUGCCAUCCAUGGCUAUCUCAGUUUUGCUUUCUGUAUAUUUGGAAUUACUGCAAAUAUUCUGAAUAUUAUUGUGCUUACACGGAAGAAUAUGAUCUCACCAACUAAUGCCAUACUGACUGGCAUCGCUGUAGCCGAUAUGCUAGUAAUGUUGUCAUAUCUCCCAUUCACAUUCCACAACUACAUUCGGCGUGAUUUGGAUGAAACAGAAAAGUUUUCAUAUGGUUGGACUGUCUUUACCUUGUUUCACGCACAUUUUACUGUCGUAAACCAUACAAUUUCUACAUGGCUGACAGUAACGGUCGCCAUUUGGCGAUUCUUGGCGGUGAGUUUUCCUCAAAAUUCAUCUAUAUGGUGCUGCAUGGCAAGAGCCAAAUGUGCCAUUGCUGCAACCUAUAUCAUGUCUGCAGUGUUUUGUAUACCAGUCUAUCUAACAUUCACUGUAUCAGUAUUCAGAGGUGAUGAUGGCGAAAUUAUGUACCGAGUUGACUUCAGUCAUAUUGCACAAAGACAUAACAGACUUUUAGAAAAGAUCAAUUUCUGGAUCUUUAGCGUCAUCACGAAGUUGGUACCAUGCGUUGCCCUCACAGGAAUCAGCUUAGGACUGAUUAAGGUACUCUAUGAACGUAACAAACGACGCCAAAUAUUGAAAGGAACUGCUGAAGCUGACAAAAAUCACGAUAGGACAACUCGCAUGCUCCUUGCGGUAUUGCUACUUUUCUUACUCACCGAAUUUCCAUCAGGAUUGCUAGCACUCUUGAGUGGAAUUCUUGGAAUCGACUUCUUUAACAAUGUGUAUGUGAAUUUUGGUGACACAAUGGAUGCAUUAGCAUUGAUUAACAGUGCAAUUAACUUUAUCAUCUAUUGCUCCAUGAGUCAACAAUUUCGCAACACUUUUGCUUACCUCUUUUUUCCAAGCUGUUUUAAAAAUAUAUCAAAUGGAGCAGCAGCUUCUGUCUAAAAGGCGCAAAUCCAAAAGAAAUACAGCUUUUAGAAUUGCUGCAUGCCUGCUUGGUAUUAUUGUAUAUGCAUCUGAAUUACUUAGAAAAUGUUUGUUUAUAGCAGUAGUUCUUGAGAUUCGAAACUCGAAGCAAGACAGCUUAGUGCAGUAAAUGUUCUUGUUGUUUCUGAAGCUACACAAGUACCUUCUUAAAAUAUGAACAUAAGAUAUAUAUGUUAUUAAUAAUCUCGUAUUUCUGUCCAACUCGCGAGUAAAAUAAACAUUUAUGAUUAGUAAUAGCAAUAUUUCACUGAGAGAACUCGUUUAUUUAUUCAUUAAUAGUGACUCGCAUCAUCGUCUUCAUUUUCUUCGAUGUUUAUCUCGACUGAAUUUGAACAAUUAAUGAAGCUGAAGGUCAUACAGUGUUAUUUAAGUGAUUAUGCAGCUCUCGCUUGAAAUGUAUCAGUGUUUAAGUGUAUUAGGUAGUGAAAUGAAAGAUGAUCGUUUUAAAAGAAAAUAAAGAUGUUUAAGAUUCUGAAAAACUCAACGCCAUUCUGAGACAAUAUAUGUUCAUGAUACUCUGCAUAUAAGACUAACUUGAAUACUCAUUCCGAUUUAAAUAACGAUGAAACUGAUGAAGAAUUAUAAAGAAUUCAAGACUCCCCAUCCAUUAUUAGUGUGAAUACCAUACAAAAUAUUCAUAAUAUACUGGGUAUUUGGAUUUUGAACAAAAUGCACAUUUUGUGGUACAAUUACUACUGAACCAUUUUGCAUAAUAAACUACAUGCAUAAGAUACUAUGGCUGUUUGGAUUCUGAUCAAAAUACACAUUUUGUGGUAAAAUCAAUACUGAGCCAUUUUCAAUUUACAUAGAAAACAAAGAUAUCAUUCACAAAUUUUUACAUGUUUCUAUCAGGUCUGAUUCGAAAAAAAAUUAAUAAUGGCUACCUAACUGGACUUCUCUACUGUGUUAUGUGGUUGAAAAAUUAUUACAUCAUUUGUAUUGCAUUCAACUUUAAAUUCCCAUUAUGAGAAACCUGUG